AAUAGACACUUAUAACAUGCGCACUUUUAUCCCUACAAACACACACGGACACCCUUCUAUGUGGUAAUAUAAUUAUGUGAGGAGAGUGAGACGGGUAACCAAACGCCCAUUCUUACCCGUAAUUUUUUAGCUUAUAGAUAUUGUAGUGAACCAAGCUCGCCCAAGUAGCCAAGUUAUGGAGCACGAGCAGCUACUGCAAGCCAGCACGGAGCUCAUGAACCACAGCCUGGGCUACAUCAGGUCCAUGGCCCUGGGCUGUGCUGCCAAGCUCGGCGUCGCCGACGCCAUCCACCACGCCGGCGGCCGCGCCACCAUGGACGACCUGCGCGCCGCGCUGUCCCUCCACCCGAGCAAGCUCCCGUACUUCCUGCGCCGCGUCAUGCGCGUGCUGGUCGCCUCGGGCGUCUUCGCGCAUGACGAGGAGGAGGACGACGAUGAUAUCUACCGCGUCACGCCCGUGUCGUCCCUGCUCGUCACCGCCACCGGCGGCAACGGCGGGAGGAGCCUGCUGCCGUUCGUGCUCCUCCAGCUCUCGCCGCCGAUCUACGUGACGCCGGCCACGAGCAUGGCCGAGUGGCUCACGAGCGGCGAGGAGGAGACGCCGUUCGAGAUGACGCACGGCGCGGGGCUGUGGACCGUCUGCAGCCGAGACCCGGAGCUCGGCGAGCUGUUCAACGACGCCAUGGCGGCCGACUCGGCCUUCAUCAUGGACGUGGCCAUCCGUGGCGCGGGCCGCCAGGUGUUCGACAAGAUCACCUCUCUUGUGGACGUCGCAGGUGGCACCGGCACGGCGGCGAGGGUGGUGGCCGCCGCGUUCCCGCAUAUCAAGUGCACCGUGCUGGACCUUCCUCACGUGAUCGAUUCCAUUCCGGCGGACCAUCGCGGCCGCGAUGUUGUUAAGUUUGUUGCAGGAGAUAUGAUGGAUUUCAUCCCCCGAGCUGAUGCACUCCUGCUCAAGUUUGUCCUACACGAUUGGAGUGAUGAGGACUGCAUGAAGAUACUAAAACGAUGCAAGGAGGCAAUUCCUUCCAGAGAAGCAGGAGGGAAGGUCAUUGUCAUAGAUGUUGUGGUUGGAUCCUCCACCCAAGCAAUGUGCCAUGGAACCCAACUGUUGUUUGAUCUGCUUAUUUCGACUACAUUACCAGGCAUGCAGAGAGGUGAGAAAGAAUGGUGCAAGGUAUUCAAGGAGGCAGGAUUCACUGACUACAAGAUAAGCCCUGUGUUAGGUAUUCGAUCCAUUAUCGAAGUCUUUCCAUAGGGCAAUCUCAUAAUACGGGAAUUGAAUACUCCAUCCGUUUCUAAAUAUUUAACGCUGUUAACUUUUUUUAAAUAUGUUUGACAGUUCAUCUUAUUUAAAAAAUUUAAGUAAUUAUUAAUUCUUUUCAUAUCAUUUGAUUCAUUGAAAAAAUACUUAAAUGUAUACAUAUAGUUUUACAUAUUUCACAAAAGUUUUUGAAUAAGACGAAUGUCAAACAUGUGCUAAAAAGUUAACGGUGUCAAAUAUUUAGAAACAGAGGGAGUAUAUAGCUCUCUUGCAUAAUUACUUUGUGUAUUAAUAUUUGUCUCUAAAGUCAUAUUAGUGAUGAAGAUUUGUAUUCCCACAUUGGUGGAGAAACCAUUUAUA